GGGACCAACCUGUGACAGGGAAGAAGAAAGACCCACCACCCAAACGGUCUCGGGGGAAAACACAGCGGCCAGUGAACAGUGCUGAUGCAGGGGCUGUUGCUUCCAUCUUAGCGCGACUGGAUGUGCUGGAGGCCGGGCUCAGGGCUGAGGCGAGGACGCCCAGCAUAGAGCCAGGCGCAACUCCCACCCUGCAAGCAGCCCCAACAAUGCAGCCCGCACAAGGACCUUCGGCGGAAAGCACACAGGAUCGCUGGACAAGAUCGGAGCAGCCACGCAUCCUCCUAUGUGGCCACAGUAUGAUGUUCUGGGCAGGCCGCAGGGCGGCGAAGUCUCGCUUCGGCACGCAGCUGGGGCUCAGUCAAUGGGCCGCAGUGCGGUGGCUGGGACGUCGGGGGAUGCGUUGGGAUGGGCUCCUGCCAGCCUUGUUUCAACCGGCUGUGGAAGUGGCAGCGCCCCAGGUGCUGGUGAUCCACCUCGGGGGCAACGACUUGGGUCUGUUAAAGGGCAAGGCCCUAAUUGAACAGGCAUGCGGUGACCUCCGGGCCAUUGCACGUCGCUGGCCGGGGGUGCACUUAGUGUGGUCAGACAUCCUGCCGCGCAGGAGGUGGAAUUGUGCCGGUGACCCACGAGGGAUGGACAGGGCACGGAAAAAGGUGAACAGGCAAAUUCAGAGGGCCCUUAGGGACUUAGGAGGUUCUGUCAUCCACCACCCAGAGGUGGGCCACAACAAGCUUGAGCUGUUUCGGCCUGACGGCGUCCAUUUGACGGACAAGGGCAACGACAUCUUUCUAAGGGACCUGCAGAAGGGUUUACACCAGAUUCUUAUCGGGUGUGGGGUAAAGGGGGACUAAGCAGAGGCUUGUCCCCCUUCUGUGGCGAAGAAGUGCGGGGAAAGGUUAAAGGGAAAGGGCAGCUAGGUGACACCUUUAGGCACCUUUGGGGGUGACAGGCGGUCCGGAGGCCUGCAGCUCAGGGCUACACGGCCCGGGGACAGGGUACGGGCCGCCUUUGGGGCCAACGUGCCUCAUCCGCU